CGUCUUGAAAAUAGAUUUUGGUUUUAGGAAUUAUAAGCAUCUAGUUGCAAUCUUGUCUAUUAUCAGUUCGGAAUUGCAUUCUUAAUUUUUUCUAAAAACAUUCAUUUUUGUUAAAGUGGUAAUUGCUAUUGGGCAAAAAAUGAUGAGAAAGUAAAAUGGAAUUUAAACUAAACAUAAAUGUAGCGAAGCACUAUAAGUAGUUUUUUACAAUUUUGAAAUUUACGAACGAAUAGAAACCUACAGUGUAUUUAAAAACUAGAAACUUGGAAACAGAAAAUUCUCAAUUUUUGUUAGAUUUCUUAUUAAGAAAUCUAUUUUUCGGCGAUAAAUAUUAACAUUGUCUAAUAGCAUUGGUAUUAAAUACGUCAUUUUAUUUAAGUUCCGAAAAUGCUGCGAUCUACGAUUGAUAACCGAAAACGACAAGAAGAUGAAGUUUUAGUGCUUUCAAAUAUUUAUAACAAUAAUGAAUUCUCUCAUAGUAAAGAAGAUAUAAUACAAUGCUAUUAUAACGUAUUUCCUCUUGUCAGUGAUGAUUUACUGAGACUUGAAAAUAUUUAUGAAAAGGAUUUUGAUUCAUUUUCUAGUUAUUUUGUCAAAUAUUUGCCACCUAUUAGAGUGUAUUUACAACUUAAUACAGAUUAUCCUACUGAAAAAUCACCGAACUUCUAUAUUAUUUCCUCAUGGCUUUCACCUUGGCAGAUAUCUCUUAUUUGUCAGAAAUUAGAUGAGAUGUGGCUACAAAAUAAAGGUCAAGAAAUAUUGUUUUUAUGGUUUGAAUUUUUAAGAAAUGACGUCCUUGAUUUUCUUAAUAUUAAAAAUACAUUAGAUAUUUCAUUUAUAUAUAUGACAUAUCAUAACAUAACAGAUUAUUUUAAGUUAAGUUUAAUAUUUGAAAAUGAUAUUAGAGCUAUAUAUAGUAUAUUAUUUUUUAGUCCAUUGAAGUUUUUAAUAACUUAUGAUAAAUAUAAACAAGAGAUUGAAUUUGAAAGUAAUCACUUUCUAUGUAUUAUAUGUUUUGAUGAAUAUUGUGGAAAACAAUGUACAAAGCUUAAAAAUUGUAGUCAUGUAUAUUGUAAAAAUUGUAUACAACAAUACAUUACUAUGAAAAUUAAAGAAAAUAAUGUGAAAGAUAUUACAUGCCCGAAUUUGAGUUGCAAUCUUGACAUUACACUUAAUGAAAUUAAAAAAUUUUGUCCAGAAUUAUUUUCAAAAUAUGAAAAUACAUUACUACAAAUAACAUUAAACACUAUGAGAGAUGUAAUCUUUUGUCCUAGAAUUUCAUGUCAAUGUCCACUUAUAAAAAAUGAUGAUGACACUCUAGCUAUUUGUAGCAAAUGUGAUCAUACUUUUUGUACUUAUUGCAAUAAGGUAUAUCAUGGAGUUGAACCAUGUGCUAUGUCUCUAAAUAACACAUUAAAACUUAUUGAACAAUAUGAAAAAAGUAACAGAGAUCAAAAAAAAUUGUUACAAAUAAAGUAUGGAAGGAAACAAUUGCAAAUAGUCGUUGAAAAAUAUUUAACAGCAGAAUAUUUAAAGAAAAACAGUAAAUCAUGUCCAAAUUGUUUAACUGUGAUUGAGAAGAUUGAUGGAUGCAAUAAAAUGAUAUGUAAUUAUUGCAAAGCUUGCUUUUGUUGGCUUUGUGGAGUACAUAUUACUACGAAAAAUGCAUAUGACCAUUUCUUGAAUGUUGAUAAUAAUUGUUAUCAGCGUUUAUUUGAUAUAAUAGAAGAAGAAAAUACUGAACUAUAAUAUAGAGAGUAUAUAUAUUUUUUGUAUCAAAAAUAUGCGAUGUAUUUUUAAUCAAUAAAAAUCACUAUUUAUAUUAAAUCCAUUUUUUUUUUUUUUUGGUAUUAACAAGUAUCUCUUGAUAUAUGAAUCUCAACAUUAGUUUCUGUUACUAACUGUUCUGUAACUGUUAAUCCAUCUCCUUGAUAAGAUGCUGU